GUUGACUCAGCUGAGUGUGGGCAGCUGAAAAUUCUAUUUAAAACAUACUGGUGUAACGUAGUGAUCCAUAGUGUUUGGAUCAGAGCAGCGCGCGCCUGCAACGAAUCACUACCUACCGCAAAGAUGUCGAUAGUACCAAUGAUGUUCCGUGACUGGUGGGAUGACUGGGACCGUCCUUCACGACUAUUCGACCAGCACUUCGGCAUGGGCCUCCGUAGAGACGACCUUAUGUCGUACCUUUCCACCUUCCCCUCUACCUCUCUGAGGAAUUCCUAUUUCAGACCUUGGAGAACAAGCCUUACCCGACAGGAAUCCGCAUCGACUAUUAACUUCACGAAGGAUAAGUUUGAGGUUAUCCUUGACGUACAACAGUUCGCGCCAGAAGAGAUCGUGGUUAAAGCGGCGAACAACUCCAUCGUAGUCGAAGGCAAGCACGAAGAGAAACAGGAUGAGCACGGGUUCAUUUCCAGACAGUUCACGAGACGGUACGUCCUACCUUCAGGGUACGAAGUGGCCGAUCUAGUCAGCACUCUAUCGUCGGAUGGCGUUCUCACGAUCACAGCGCCUAAACGACCACCGCCUCAAGCUGGAGAGAGGAUUGUUCCUAUAACCAAAACCGGGCCAGCCAAACAGCCCGAGCCUCCCAAACCUGCAGAACAACCGAGGGAACAGACUGUACCAAUCGUUACAUCACCCUAAGAUGAUAAACUAUCGAUGUCCCAUACGAUCGAAUCAUAAAUAGCAUUUAUUUUAUACUCGUUGUUGGCCAAUAACGAUAAGCCACACGAUUCGAAAUGAACGAAAUAGGUUAAAGAGGAAUGCAAUAGAUUUCAUAUCAAUCAUAAGUUGAAAUAAAUAAUUAUUUUCAUAUAAGUAAA